AUGGUCUCGUGCCCGAUAUGCGGCAAGUCGGUCAGAGAAAGCAAGAUAAAUGACCACAUCGACUCGGGAUGCAAGAGCUUCGUCGAGGAAUCCGGAUCGAGCCAAGAAGACCUCUCUUCAUCCCAGAAAACUCCUGUCCCAAGCUUCUUCCAGCCGGUCUCGGUACGGAAAGCUUCGUCAGGCCCAAAGAACCCUCCGUCGACUUCAUCUCCCACCACUCUCACACAAAAGAGAUCCCUUGUCCACGACAAAGAAAAUGCCGGAGAAGCCAAACGGACCAAACAAGACGAUUCCGCUGCCGAUGAGGAGGGACGGCAGCUCAAGCGGCCCAAGGUCAAUGCCUUUCAAAAGGCAGCUCCGUUGGCGGAGCGGAUGCGUCCGCGUACACUCGAUGAGGUCUGUGGGCAAGAGCUGGUCGGUCCCAAUGGCGUCUUGCGAGGGCUCAUCGAAGAGGACCGAGUUCCCAGUAUGAUCCUCUGGGGCGGUGCCGGGACUGGGAAAACAACAAUUGCCCGGGUCAUUGCCUCCAUGGUCGGAAGUCGCUUCGUCGAGAUUAAUAGCACCAGCUCUGGAGUGGCGGAGUGCAAAAAGAUCUUCUCAGACGCACGCAGCGAACUCGGCCUGACCGGUCGGAAGACCAUCAUCUUCUGUGAUGAAAUCCAUCGUUUUUCGAAAUCCCAGCAGGAUGUGUUCCUGGGUCCCGUCGAGAGUGGCCAGGUAACCCUGAUCGGUGCGACGACGGAGAAUCCAUCAUUCAAGGUGCAGAAUGCCCUGCUUUCAAGGUGCAGGACAUUUACUUUGUCCAAGCUCACGGAUGACGACAUUGUGUCUAUCCUAAACCGCGCAUUGAAGGUCGAGGGCCCCAACUAUAAUCCUUCUGCACUAGUCGAUGAUGAGUUGAUCCGCUAUCUGGCUACCUUUGCGGACGGUGAUGCCAGAACAGCGCUCAACCUGCUCGAGCUUGCUAUGGAUCUGUCCAAACGGCCUGGGAUGACAAAGGAGGAGCUGAAGAAAUCUCUGACCAGGACCCUGGUCUACGACCGAGCCGGAGAUCAACACUAUGAUACCAUUUCUGCCUUUCACAAGUCCAUCCGUGGCAGCGAUCCAGAUGCUGCGCUGUAUUAUUUGGCGCGCAUGUUGCAGUCAGGCGAGGAUCCUCUGUACAUUGCCCGGCGGCUCAUUGUGGUGGCAUCGGAAGAUAUUGGACUGGCAGACAGCAGCAUGCUGACGCUGGCAGCCUCGACUCACAGCGCUGUUGAAAAGAUCGGACUUCCCGAGGCCCGCAUCAAUUUGGCCCAUGCCACUGUCGCCAUGGCGCUGUCGAAGAAAAGCACUCGGGCGUACCGUGGACUCAACAACGCCCUCGCAGCUCUGCAAGAGCCUGGUAUGGCUGGACUGCCCAUACCAAUUCACUUGCGAAAUGCCCCGACGCGAUUGAUGAAAGAACUGGGUUAUGGCAAAGAAUACAAGUACAACCCAAACUACGUGGAUGGCCAAGUCGUGCAAGAAUAUCUUCCUGAAAAGCUGCGAGGACGGCGGUUUCUGGAGGACCGGGACCUGGGUGACCAGGUCGACCCUGACCUGAAGCGUCCGUCAAGAUGA